CGCCUAGUCGAGCAGAGGUUCUCCGUGCCCGGCUCCCACAGCGUGCGUAAAACCUUCUCAUGAAAUCCCCAAAUACUUUUUGACAACUUUGAUUUUUUUUUUGAUCAUCAAGGGGUCAAAUCGUUUUCACCAUAUUUAUCUGCGCGCUCACUGAACAGGACUCUUCAGAACCAUGGAGCCCACUUCCGCAGCGGGGGGAGCUGGAGAAGAACAACUUGAUAACCAACCGGGAAACUCAAGCCAGAAGGGCACGCAAAAGCACGGCCACGAGCUGGAGGAAGAGCAGGAGGAGCUGGCCGAGCAUCAGCCGCUGGAGCAGGAGGACCUCAACUUUGAGAAGUGGAAGCGCAAGCCCUUACCCAAGAGGACGCUGUACCAGACGAUCGACAGCGUGAAGACGUACCUAUGGAACGCAGAGACCAAGGAGUUCAUGGGCCGCACGGGCAAGAGCUGGAGUCUUAUCCUCCUCUUCUAUUCUGCACUUUAUUUGUUUUUGGCGGCCAUGUUCGGGGGCUGCAUGUGUUGCCUCAUGUGGUCCAUCAGCCCGUACCACCCCACCUUCAAUGACAGAGUGAUGCCACCAGGUAUGACGAUGGCCCCACACCUGGAUGGACACGACAUCGCCUUCAACGCCUCCGACCGCAAGUCCUGGAAGAAGUACGCGCGGUCUAUGGACGAGUACCUCAAACCGUAUAAUGACGGCGUCCAGGAGAGGAAGAACAUCCACUGUUCGCAGGAGAAGUACUUCAUGCAGGAUCACUUGGAGGAGACCUUGGAGCGCAAGGCCUGUCAGUUCAAGAGGUCCUGGCUGGGGGAGUGUUCCGGCUUGCAGGACCCCCACUACGGCUAUUCUCUGGGGAAGCCGUGCGUUUUUCUCCGCAUGAACCGGAUUCUUGGAUACCUCCCAGGCCAAGGAAAAGCCAUUAAUGUGACCUGUGGUGUUAAGAAAGGCAACCCUGAAGCCUUGGGAGAAGUCGAGUUCUUCCCUAAAAGUCUCUUUGAUUUGAAGUACUAUCCGUACUACGGGAAGCUCAGACACGUGAACUACUCGGCCCCAGUGGUGGCGGUUCGUUUUGCAGGCGUGCAAUACGACGCUCAUAUCUAUGUACAAUGCAAACUCAACGGCAAGGGAAUCAUCAACGACUCCCCGACCGACCGCUACCUGGGCGCCAUCUCCUUCACUCUGGACAUCGGAGCGUAGCGGCCGAUCGGGACGCUCGGCAAACCGCUCCGAUGACAAUAUGAGACGUAAAGUGUUAGUGACAAAUCUCAUUAACUUGAAGUUUUCCCGGUCCCUUUCAUUUACGAGUUUGUGCCUUCUGUUUUAAAAGUAAUUUCCUAAAGAAAAGAAACGUUACACAACACGUUUGUCCCAUAGGUGUUGGAUAACACAAACACACGGACACACAUACACACACACACACAAAAAACAGAGCACGCUGAGAAAAGGAGUAGUAGGAAAUAUCAUUGGAUAUUUUAUAAUUAUUAGCAGGAUUAAUACAACUAAAUUUGCAUUAUAGAAGGCAUAUUUUACAUACUGGCCAAUAGUUAGCUAAUAGCUAUGCAAAUCCAAUUUUGACUUUUAACUAUUAAUAGAUAUUUAGAAAACCUGUUGAGUGGGGCUAUGAUAAAGUUUUGUUUAUCACAUUUUGUAUGACAAGUUGACUAAUUUCUUGCAUACAUUUCAAACACUUGUAUAUUUUAAGAUUUCACAGAUCUACAUCAACGUUGUCUCAAAGCAGGACUGUAAAAAAAAACAUUUAAAUAAAUGCAAAAUAGAGCAUUACUUAUCAUAUUGAGUAGAACAGUAAUAUAUGAAGAAACAUUUUAAGCCACCUCUUGACUUUGUUUUUGUAAAAACAUCCGAGUGCUUGGAAAAUGAAACACCACAGACGACUGUGAACAAUAAAAGGAAAUAUGAAACAAUGUGUAAUAGUUUGUUUUCUUUC